CUUUGUUGCUUGUUCGUAUGAAUCAAGUAGGCUGCAUCUCACUGUGGAGGAUGAGGCUGUGUAUUUAUUAAACCCCGCCCCCUAUCAUCAGUAUCCAUGCGACCCUCGCAACGUGUUACGUCAUAUCUAAACCCCCUCCCGUUGUCUCUUUCAGUCUUAUAACAGAAACCAUCACAAUCUGUCAGCGUUUGCAUGCAAACGGAGGAAAACACCGCGGGAAACUAAAACUGUGCAAAACGGGGGGGGGGAAAGCAAACACACAAGUCACAAACUAAGGGAAAAGAUGAAGCUGACUUCGGUCUCUGUUUUCUGCCUGUCACUUCUUUUGUUUGGUACCCAUUUUUCCCUGGCAAAGAGGGGAACAGGUGGUGGCUUUGGGAAAGGCUUUGGUUCCAGGAAGACCUGGUCCAACAAAGGCAACACCCAAAGUAAAUCCAACACAGGCCAGAGAAAUAAUCAAGGUUCCAACUCUCAGGGUGGAUACCCUAAACAGCCAGGACAACCAAACCGUGGAGAUUACCCUCGUCAGCCUGGAGGAGGAUACCAUCAGUAUCCAGUACGGGGCUCACCAUAUGGGGGGGGUAUCGGCGGUUAUGGCAGUCCAGGCAGUUAUGGAGGAUAUCCAGGUGGAUAUAUUAACCAAAACCCAAAUAACAGAAUCCUCAGCCCGCGCUUUGGUGGCAGCUUGGGUUACUUGGGCAACGGGGCAAGGGGUGGCUCUCGAUUUUCCCAGUCAGUUCAGCAGAUGGGCAUGCAUCCCAAUGAUAAGUCCAGAGGGUUUGGGCGCACUGCGGUAAUGGCAGCAGCUGGAGGUGCAAUGGCAGGAAUGGCCCUGGGCUAUGGUUUAGGAAGAUUCCCCCGACCUCACUUCCACUUUCACAGUCCCCAGGAAGAGUAUUACUACAACCACUACAUGUACAGGAAAUGUGGGACAAGGUCUUCUCCUACUAAUGACUUUGCCAGAGAACAGAAGUACAGCCAACCCCCUGAAACGUAUCAUAGCUACAUGGACUCCUGCAUGAAGAAAACAGACCCACUCCCUGCAGAGAAUCCAAAGACAAACAACAAACCAGCCGCUACAACUUCAGACACCGGCAAUGUCAACAACACAACAGAAGCAAACACCACUGCAAUAGAAAACUCCUCAACCUUUGCAUCUUCAUCUCAAAGCCUUAUAAAUCAGCCUGAAGCUAAUCCUGAAGAUGAUGAUGAUGAUGAUGAUGAUACAGUCAGCAUCGUGGAGAUCGGAUACCCAGCGCUGAUUGAGCAGAUAAAGGCCAGGAGAUGCUUGGAGCUGUACCUGAAUUACUCUAAUGAGUACUUCAUUAGACAGUCUGGGGGGGUGCAGGGACUAGAGAUGGGCUGGCGAGGGCUUUUAGCUGUGUUUACAAGUACUUUACUGAUGCUACAUAGUAGCAACAUGCUAAUACUGCUGCACUGAGGCCUUCAUUAGCAGUGAAUGUGAUGAAGAAUCUGAUAAAAAAAAAAAAUUGAGUUAGUCAAUUAUGAUAAAUUAGAGAGGAGCCUCUCACCUUUAUAGAAUUUGUGUUAUUUAUUUUUGCCAAUUAACUCUGAAGUCAAUCUAAGGUUGGGAAGCUUAAAUGCUGUACUGCUGUGUUUCUGUUGGUAAGUUGCAUGAAUUAAGGAUGUGUGACAGUCUUUAGAAUUUGUGAAAACACAAUGGAAAAAGUCCGGAGAGAAAUCAUGCCACAAUUGAGUGUAACAUACCGUAUUCGAUAACCCAUUAGCUACCAAACAACAGCUAACGUUAGCAUUAGACAAAUUGCAAGUUAACAUUUGGUUGGCUUGAAAUGAAAUUCCUUCCUAUCUCCCUCGGAAUUUACUCAAAACUAUUUUCUUGUUGUGUCACAAAGAAUGACCAAAUUGUAAUGUUUGCUUUCAGUAACUUCCUGGCUAAUGGUUAUAUUAGCCAGUUAGUGGAAGAUUGCCAACAUUACAUUAGUUUUAUUAAAUGUGUUUUUUUUUACUUGAAAUAUUGUAUAAUAUAUAAUAUAUAUUUCAGUAGCAGAUCAACCUAGAAGCAGUACAAUUAUAAUAAUCUGCCAGAUGUCUUACAUUUAUAUAGGACUGAAUUAUAACAGCAUGUGAGUCUCUCAGCCUGAGCUUCCAUCAGAGGAAAAUGGACUUCGUGUGUAAAUACUCAGUUGUGUGAAUUUCUACUUUAUAAUGUUUUUUUAUUUUUGAGGCAUUUCAUCCUCAUGUGGUCUUGGGUUUGGACUAUUUAUAAAAGGAAAGGAAGGGGGAGAUCAGACUGAUCCACAGUGUUGCAAUUUAUAACACUUCCUCUUUCAUCCUCUGAAAGAUGGAGUGUCCAUUAACAUUAUGCUAUAAGGUUGUAAUUGAAUAAGGAACCCGACCUUUUAGAGACCUUUUUAGAUUCAAUUGAAAAUCACAUCUGGCCACAUUGAUGCUGCGUGUUUGUAUAAGAGAUGAAUGUUUAUUCAGGGAAAUGGCAAGGUUCUAUUUCUUUUUUGUCCCCUUCGCGUUUGUGCCGUCUCUUUUGUCUUUGUAUCAGAGCUUGUACAGACUCUCUCAUUAUGCUGAACUGUGUUAACUGCUUUGCAAUAAUGGACUCUUGCUUAACGUUUAAAAUGAUCUUAUCAACUCCAGUUAAUGUUAAAAGGCUUUUUAAGGACCUAUUAAAGAGUUAGAAAACAGCUAAUAGUGAUCCAAGACUAACAAUGAACACUUGUCCAAUAAUCCUAUUGAUCUACUUUAAAACAUAUCUUUAGACUGACUUUAUACUCCAGGCAUGAGUGUUUGUGUCGUUAGGCUUUUGUCACAUAAGGUAAGUUGAACUAUAGAAACUCAGAACUAAGUCUUAAUAUCUUAAGAAACCUAAUAUCUUCUGAUACUUAAUCUAUUUGCAUAAACUGACCAUAAUAAGCAUGCUUCAGUCCUUACAUCAUUCACUUGAAUUAACACAAAGCAAAGUGCAUCUUUUCUGAAUAUUCAUGUCAUUCUCACUUCUCCUUGUGUACUGCCAUUCUUUGUACAGUGUAAUAUAUAUUUUCUUGUAUCUUUCAUAUGUGACUCCAUCCUGUCUUCUGUCAGAUGUGUUGCCUCCCUCUCCUUUGUCUAGCUUGAGGUUGCAGAAGUGCUCUUAAUACAUGAAACCCCACGAUGUACUAAUCUUGAGCUGAAUUAAUCUCUCAAACUUUCUGAAUGUUUUCCUGCAUCACUAGAGUUGUACUUAAGUUUCUCUAAUCACAGAAGCUGAAGGUGCUCUCUGGAGUUUAGAAAAUAAUUAAUGCAAGAGAUUUUUUUGAUAAAACACAUAUUACAUUAAUAAUUGUUUUGACCUUUUGUUUUAAGACCCAGUUUUUCUGUAGCUGUAAUAGCUAGCUCUUCGUUGGUUCGAAUUGUGCCUGUGCUCAACAAUAGCACAUUUUCUUUUUGAAUUAUCUACCUAAAGGUUGGUUAUGGUUGCAUCAAAAAAACUAAGAGUCCCAUAAUUACAACAUGCCCUUUUUAUUUGUCGAUUGCAGAACAAUCUCAACCACAAGUCCCCUGAAGUGGUCUGACCCAAAGUGUGAACCCUCCACAGUGUACCUUUGAUGCUAUUGUAUGUAGCACAACAUCUUGUUUCUGUAUUUGAAUGUAUUUGAAUAUGUAUCACUUUAAAACAUGUGAAUGCCUUUUAUGAUGGCAAUUCAUAUUUCAUAUUUGUUGUUAACUUGAGAUGCCACUGAGGGUCAAACUUGCACUUUUUGUUUGUCUUGUAAAAUAAAUGUACAGAGUGAAACUUUCUA